AUGCCGCUGCCCGGCAACCCGUUCAGUUUCGCACGAGUCACUCUGCUAGCACUCGUCGAAGUGCUUAUCGUCAAGAAAACAAGCUACCGUAAUGCUCUGCCACUCUCCACCACCUCGCUUGUCCUGGCGAUCCUGGCAGCAAACUUUGUCUUCUUUCUCGCCUGGAAGCUGUAUCUCUGGCCCGUCCACUUCCACUUUCUGUCAAGAUUUCCAGCACCAAAGGUCCUCAGCCUCUGGCGAGUAUUGGCUCGCUUUCGGGGCAAGGCUCCGCCAGGCCAGCUACUCCUCGAACUCGCCGAACGUACUCCCAACGAUGGCAUUAUCAUCUUGCAAGGGUCCUUUGGCACUUCCAUGCUGAUUACCAAGCCCGCACCGCUCGCGGACAUCCUCGUCCACCACCCGUACGACUUUGCCAAGUACGACACCAUUCGGAAUUUUCUGCGUCCAAUUCUCGGUGAUGGCCUGGUUGUCGUCGAGGGCGACCAACACAAGUUCCUCCGCAAAAAUACCCAGCCGGCAUUCAAGUUUGGUCAUAUCAAGAAGCUCUACCCGACAAUGUGGAGCAAGGCGAUUGAGCUGAACCAAGUUUUGAAGGAUGAGCUUAGGGUACUAAAGAGGAAGGGCAACGACACGAGGAUCGAGAUCAAUGCCUGGGCGAGCAAAGUCACCCUGGACAUCGUUGGCAUUGCGGCCUUUGGUCGUGACUUUCACGUACUCGAAAGGCCCGAUCACCCUCUGGUCAAGAAUUAUGCCGACCUGCUAGAGCCAGGGCCAGCCAAGUUCGCCUACUUCUUCUUUACCUUGAUAUUCUCUCGAAAGUUUGUCGACCUCUUCCCGUGGGAAGUCUCGAGGAGAUUCAACCAGACGACAACCGAUAUCAGGGCCAUAUGUGCCCAACUUGUUCGGGACAAGAAGGCAGCAAUGGAGAAGCUUGGAGACGACCAGUUCGAUAUCCUGUCCCUGCUUAUCAAGAGCAACAACUUUUCCGAUGACGAAUUGGUCGAUCAGCUUCUGACCUUCCUGGCAGCUGGCCACGAAACGACCUCUUCCGCCUUUACCUGGGCUACCUAUUUGCUUGCUAAGGACCGUGAAAUGCAAUCCACUCUUCGAUCCGAACUUCGUGCAGCCUUACCCGACUUUCCCAACUUUGCGCCUGGUCAGGACAUUGCCGGUAUCCUUGAACAUCUUCCGUAUCUCAACGGUGUCAUGAACGAGACCCUCCGCCUUUACCCCACGGUGCCUAUGACUGUCCGCACAGCAGUCCGCGACACAACAGUGCUAGGCCAUCCAAUCAAGAAGGGUACAGAAAUCAUGAUCUCGCCUUGGAUUGUCAAUCGAUAUUCCGAGAACUGGCGCAACGAGCCAACGGGGUUUGUACCGGAAAGAUGGAUUGAUCAAGAGGGCGUUCACAUCGGCGAAGAAUCCUUGGAACGACUGACACUAAAGCCUAACAACACCGGUGGAGUAACCAGCAACUAUGCCCAGAUGACGUUCCUCCACGGCCCAAGAAGCUGCAUUGGUCAAGGAUUCGCAAAGGCCGAGCUUCGAUGCCUGCUUGCCGCAUUCGUUCUCGCCUUUGAGUGGGAGCUUGGUAUGGAUGAAAAGGACAUCAUGCCUGAUGGUGUGAUCACAAUCAAGCCAAACAAUGGGAUGUACUUGAAGCUACGGCCUCUUGACGAUGGCCACAAGAGCUGA